AUGAGUACAACAUCGAUUAUCAGCGGCGUAGCAGGUAUAACCGCCGUUAGUACCGGAUUCGCCAUUGUCACUGUUCUCUACCUCUUCAAUGAUAUAAACAAGUUUUACGAUGAGGCGCUUGAGGAGCUUGCAGAGUUUAAGGAUAUAGCAAAUUCCGCGUGGCACGAAAUGAGACCUUCGGAUCACCAAAGUAGAGAUAAACGUGGAAUCAUCUUCAACACAUUCCGUAGCCGCAGGCAAUAUCCAUCUAACUGUAACUGUGCAGCUAGAUCAGCAAAUUGCCCUACAGGACCACCUGGACCACCGGGAGCUGCAGGCUUACCCGGAGAACCUGGUUUACAAGGAGCACCAGGUAAACCGGGUAUCGAGGGAAUUGGACUAAGUUUUGAUGGUGGACACAGUGGAUGCAUCAUGUGUCCUUCUGGACCACAAGGACCUCCGGGACCAGAUGGACCUAUGGGACCUCCUGGAGCUCCUGGAAUGCCGGGUGCAAGUGCCCUGUCUGAAGCUCAGGGACUACCAGGCCCGCCUGGGCCUCCUGGAGAUGCUGGAGCGCCCGGAAGGCCAGGAGCAGCUGGGCCGCCAGGUGAACCAGGGGCGCCUGGACAAUGCGGCAGAGGACUGCCUGGACCUCCGGGACCUCCUGGACCGAUGGGACCACCUGGAGCACCUGGAGCAAAUAGUGCAUCUGAUGCUGUUGCAAUCCCUGGUCCACCUGGACCUCCAGGAUCACCCGGAAGACCAGGAAAACCAGGUAUGGAUGGCCACCCGGGAACUGCAGGAGGGAUGGGCUCCGUUGGAGGAGAUGCCAUGUACUGUCCAUGUCCGCCGCGGACGAUAAAAAUGAAACGAAUGGCUACACGAUAUGUGAAAUACCGUUCACCAUAG